AUGGCUCUUGAGCUUCCACUAUGGAGACCUCCUACAGACGGCAUUCGACACAACUUUGAGAAGAAUAUAAAUAUUAAGGAUAGGAUAUUAGAGUCUCCACCAUGGUAUUUAGCCACAGCAGAUUCUCAACACACCCCGAGCGAACCGUACAGAUGUAAAAACCCCAUCAAUGGCGUUUUAGCCUCCACCAUAGUAUUUAGUAAAGCAAAGAUAUCAUUCGAACGUUAUCAGAUCUUUAUCACUUUCAUCCCCCAAGUUCAUUCGACGACCAAUUUGCAAAGGAGUUACUGCCUGUUUUUCUCGAUAGCUUACAAGCCAUGGCAUAAGUCGUCAGGUUUCAGUAGCGCCGUUGAUUAUUACGCGCAGAACAAGGCACAGACCCCGAAAAAGUUGUUGGAGGCGGAAAAGUUCGCCUAUUUUAUAUUCUUUAUUUGA